UAGACCCCAUUCAUCUUCUCCAUUAGAAUAACCCAAUCUGUAAACAAACACACUCGAUUGACGACGACGACCAUGGCGGUCUCGUUUAAUACAACCCUUCACCAGUGUUCUCUGAGUCCGAGCUGUAGCAUUAAGCUUUAUUCUGGGUUGAAGCCUCAAUCUGCAAGCUUUUUGACAAAUGGGUAUCAGAAUUUGAAUAAGGAGUUCUAUGGCAGGAUCCACAAGAGUCUGGAAUCCGGGACUGGGAAAGCGAGUAGGUCGAGGGUGAAGAUGAUGCCAAUAGGUACACCGAGAGUGCCUUACAGAAACCGAGAAGAAGGAACUUGGCAAUGGGUUGACAUAUGGAAUGCCCUUUAUCGAGAGCGUGUAAUCUUCAUUGGACAAAACAUUGAUGAAGAGUUUAGCAACCAGAUAUUAGCAACUAUGUUGUAUCUUGAUACUCUUGAUGACUCCAGGAGGAUUUAUAUGUACCUUAAUGGACCAGGAGGGGAUCUUACUCCAAGUUUAGCUAUCUAUGAUACGAUGAAGAGCUUGAAGAGUCCGGUGGGGACACAUUGUGUUGGGCUUGCGUAUAACCUUGCAGGUUUUCUACUUGCUGCUGGUGAGAAGGGUCAACGGUUUGCGAUGCCAUUGUCGAGAAUCGCCCUCACGUCACCAGCUGGUGCAGCCCGUGGUCAGGCUGAUGAUAUACAAAAUGAAGCAAAAGAGCUUUCAAGGAUAAGAGAUUACCUCUUCAACGAGCUAGCCAACAAUACAGGGCAGCCUGCGGAAAGGAUCUUCAAAGACUUGAGCAGAGUUAAAAGGUUCAACGCAGAAGAAGCUAUGGAGUACGGGCUGAUCGAUAAGAUUGUUAGACCACCGCGCAUCAAAGCGGACGCUCCUCGCCAAGACGAAACCUCAGGUCUCGGUUAAUCUGUCUGUUUGUUUUUGGUAAUGUAAUAACGUCUUUGAAGUUUUUUAUACAAUGGUUGAAGUCGUUGGUUCUUGUUACCGAAUAAAAAUCACAUUUUUUUUUUCAUUUUCUUUGAUUCCACC